UCAGACCUCUCGGGAGAGCGCGGCGCGGCGCAGAUUAAAAAUCAAGAAAUACAAAUCAGAUGCAGCAGUUUCUUGACAUGGAGAACCAAGCCCAUAAUACGAUGGAAAUUUCUCCUUGUGAGGCUGAGCUUCAGGAAUUAAUGGAACAAAUUGACAUCAUGGUAAACAACAAAAAACUGGAUUGGGAAAGGAAGAUGCGGGCUCUGGAGACACGAUUAGAUCUUCGGGAUCAAGAGUUGGCAAGUGCACAAACUUGUUUAGAACAGAAAGGUCAAGAGGUGGGGUUACUUAGACAGAAGUUGGACAGUUUGGAAAAAUGUAACUUAGCAAUGACUCAGAAUUAUGAAGAACAACUACAAACCCUAAAAGCUCAAUUCUCCAAACUAACUAAUAGCUUUGAAAAACUGAGAUUACACCAGAUGAAACAAAAUAAAUUUCGACAAAAAGAAGUACCACACGUCAAAGAAGAAAUACCCUUUGAACUGAGCAGUUUGAACCAGAAAUUAGAGGAAUUUAGAGCAAAGUCAAGAGAAUGGGACAAGCAGAAGAUACUAUAUCAGACUCAUCUGGUUUCUUUAGAUGCUCAACAAAAAGUAUUAUCUGAGAAGUGUAAUCAAUUUCAGAAACAGGCACAAAGUUACCAAACUCCACCAAAUAGUAAAAAACAGGGCAUAGAAGAAGACAGCAGCUCUGAAAUUCCUUGGAUAUGCGAACCAGAUACCAGUUGUGAAACCAAUGAAAGAGAUGAGUUCAUUAUUGAAAAAUUAAAAUCAGCUGUGAGUGAAAUAGCGUUAAGCAGGAAUAAGUUACAAGAUGAAAAUCAGAAGCUCUUACAAGAACUGAAAAUGUACCAAAGACAGUGCCAGGCCAUGGCAGCAGGACUCUCAGAGGUGAAAAGUGAGUUACAAUCACGUGAUGAUCUCUUGAGAAUUAUAGAAAUGGAGCGAUUGCAGUUGCACAGAGAAUUAUUAAAACUAGGAGAGUGCCAAAGUGCUCCAGAAAAUAAAAAAAGACUUGAAUCAUCUUAUUCACCAUCUAUUAAAGAAUCAGAAAAACAACGGAAAGAGCUGUUUGCAGUGACCCCAGAUCAACCAAAUCAUGAAAAAGAAUUGAACAAGAUAAGAAGCCAACUCUAUCAGGAGGAACAGUACCAUAGCUCUGAGCAGGAAAGAAUGAGGAAUGAAAUCUCUGACCUAACAGAGGAGCUUCAUCAGAAGGAAAUCACUAUAGCAACUAUCAUGAAGAAAGCUGCCUUUCUGGAAAGACAGUUAAAAAUGGAGUUAGAAAUAAAAGAGAAAAUGUUGGCGAAACAACAGGUCUCAGAUAUGAGAUGUAAAGUUGUCAGAACUGAAAACACCCACCUGAAAGGCAUGAUGGGAGAUUUAGACCCUGGACGGUACAUGACAAGUGGAAUUACUGAUAUAAAGAGUAUGGACUUCACUAACAGGGAACAUGCAAGGCAUACAUCUGUUAACAAACUGGAAUAUGAGAAUGAAAGGCUCCGAAAUGAUCUUGCAAAACUUCAUGCCAUUGGAAAAUCAGCAUGGGCUAACCAAAAUACCUAUAAAGAAACAGAAAGAUUUAGCCACGAUCGUGAGCCAAACAAAAGUGCAACACCUUUGUUGCCACCUUUGCCAUUUCAAACCAAAGAAAUGACAAGUCCUUUGGUUAGUGAUGAUGAAGUAUUCCCAAUGUCGCCCCCAGCUUCUUUGGCUGCACAGCAUUUCUUUCUGGAGGAGGAGGAGCGAGCAAAAGAACUUGAAAAACUUCUGAAUACACAUAUUGACGAGCUGCAAAGACACACAGAAUUUACUCUUAAUAAAUACAUCAAGCUAAAACAAAACAGACAAAUAUGA